AUGUUGCGCUGGUACCAAUCCAAGCUGGCAUCGCGCCCUCUCCUCACUCAAUCGAUCACCACCGCCGUCCUAUUCGCGACUGGCGACACCAUGGCCCAGCAAGCCGUUGAAAAGAAGGGGAUUCAGAAUCAGGAGUGGGCACGGACAGGCCGAAUGGCGCUCUAUGGAGGAUGCAUCUUUGGUCCAGCAGCAACAACGUGGUUCGGAUUCCUGCAGCGAAAGGUUGUCAUCCCAGGCAGACCCAACCUGGAGAUCGUCGCAAGAGUCGUCACAGAUCAGACGGUGUUCGCUAGUACCAACCUGUUCUGCUUCUUGAGCAGCAUGGCCAUUAUGGAGGGCACUGAUCCAUCGAAGAAGCUGAAGGACUCAUACUUCACGGCACUGCAGAAGAACUGGAUGGUGUGGCCGGCCGUGCAAUUCACCAACUUCAAGUUCGUGCCAUUGGAGCACCGGGUGUUGUUGGUGAACGUCGUUUCGCUGGGCUGGAACUGCUACCUCAGCUUCUUGAACAGUCAACCUAGUGGUAACCUGGGAGAGUCGACCUUCCCGCCCGAUGCUUAG